CAGGUGUGUUUGGUGAUGAAGUGAAGUCAGUGUCAGUGAUGGAGGGACAUUCUGUUACUCUACACACUGAUACUCAACUACACACACAUGAUGUGAUCGAGUGGAUGUUUGGUGUUCAGAGUCCAGAUGAGAUUAUAGCUGAAAUCAACAGAGAAGCCAAUAUAACAUCAUUUAUUAUUGAGAGAUUAAAGAAUCAUUUACAGUUGAAUCCUCAGACUGGAUCUCUCAUCAUCACAAACAUCAAAACUCAACACACUGGACUUUAUCAACUAGAGAUCACGAGACAAACUUCUGUUCACAAAAGACACUUCAAUCUGACUGUCUAUGCUUCUCUGCCAAUACCUGUCAUUACCAGCAACACAUCUGACUGUUCAAGCUCAAAGUGUUCAGUGUUGUGUUCAGUGAUGAAUGUGUCACAUGAUGUGAGUGUCUCCUGGUACAAAGGAAAGAGUUUAUUGUCCAGCAUCAGUGUGUCUGAUCUCAACAUCAGACUCUCUCUACCUCUGGAGGUGGAAUAUCAGGAUACAAACACAUACAGAUGUGUGGUCAACAAUCCCAUCACAAACCUCACACAACAUCUACACAUCACUCAACUCUGUCACUCGUGUGAAGAUUUCACCUUCAUUCCUAAAGUUUUGAUCUGUUGUGCUGUUGUUGGAUUUCUGAUCAUUGUAAUUGUUCUGAUCUUCUGGAUCUGCAGAAAACACACAAACGCACAAAACCAGGCAGUUCAGACCGGUGAAGAUGAGAUCACUUAUGCAUUCUACAUGCAUACAACAUUCUAUGAAAGACAAACACAUCAACCGGGGCGAGGCGUCUACACCCUGAAUUUUGGAGCGUGA